AUGAAGCAACGGCAGUUGUCGUUGCUGCUCAUUAGCAUCGCGCUGCUCGGCCCACAUACCCAUUCUUGGAAUCUCUUUGACACCUACGUCGACACUCCAGAGGACUGCUUCCGAGCCGGUUUCAAGAAGGCAUUUCCAUCGAAUCGCUUUGUUGUUUAUGGACUGCGAGAGGAUACUGCCGGUACAGUGUUGCCAAGCACAUUAACCGGCCAAUUAGACGAGUAA